AUGGAUGACAGUUGGGAGCAACACAGCUGGCACUCUGGAAAUGAAUCCUCUGCAGUCGACGGUGUGAAUAACCAGGACGACGCCGAGACGAUCGCUGGAUAUGAUGCCCUGUCAGUUGACCCGUACCGAUCCCAUGGGUUUGAUGUUGAGGAUGAUGAGAGUUCGUCGACGAUGCCUUCGCUGACGAAUGGAUACACAGGCCCUCAAUAUCUAUGGCUGUGUCGGGCGUGCGAGAGCCCUGACUGGAGACGUAACUUGACUGGUGGUUGGUCGUGCAAUCGCUGUGGACAUGACGUCUUCUAUGAUGCUUUCCGCGCUUCAACCUUUCGCAGUCAGGCUGGACGUUGGACGUAUGUGCCGGAUGGCCACCCGACGUCAAGUGACCUGAUUCCACCGCCACCUGUGAGCCCAUUUGUCAAACAUGGUGAUCCAGGACCUCCUGCAGCUCAUGAAUUUCAUGAAGCCCAAGCUGAGUCAGAAACAGCAACAAUUGAUCCAUGUGUCGAUCCCGACACCUUGCUGCCUAGGCCUUCAAGACGACAGCGCCGCGCAGCGAGACGAACCGACGAGCUUCAACCUGGAGUUUCACAUGAUGCCAAAGUAUGUCAUAGCCCUCAAGUCCAAAGACCUUCCAAAGAACCUGUUCGUCCUAAGGAACCAGGUACCACUGGCAAUGUUCCUGCAAGCCCGUUCGAUAACCGAGGACUUCAUGGAAAAGGUUUUGGUCUUGGGAAAAGCAAUGCAGGAAGUGACCAGCCAAGCACCAAGAAUGCAGCUUGGCGUGAUUCUAUGUUGAAGGAUUUGCACUCCCUUGUCAGCAAAGACAAGGAACCCAAAGAAUGGUCUCCUGCAAAAGGCCCGCAUCCAGGUGUGAAGUUUCGAGGCGGAACACCGCCACAACCGCCGCAGUGGACCGCUACGAAAGGUGAUCUGCAAGCAUUCCAACGCUGGGAAAGAAAGCUGACUGUCUGGAGACGCCAAAUCGCGUCAUACCUUCCUGCCAACGAGAGCGCCAUGCUUUUGUAUGUUCAGCUUCAAGGCGAAGCAGCUGAGGAGUUGGAGCACUGCGACAUUGAGCGUGUUGAUUCGGCCUCAGGUGUUGAGUACAUUCUGGAGACUUUGAGAAGCUCUUUGAUGGUGAAAGGAAUUUACUUGAAACGCAAGUUUUUAGAUGAUUUCGAGAGACUGCAGCGUAGAAAUGGUGAAACAGUGAAAGCUUUCUGCAAUCGAUAUCAUCGAGUGGAACGUUCACUUUUGAGCGUCGGUAUCAACACCGGCAACAUGUAUGAUGCCGAAUCUGCAGGUGCCAGACACUUGGACCGUUUGAGGCUUGGAAUCGAUGCUCAGAGGCUUAUCCUUGUCGCAACAGGACAGUCCCUGAGGUACCAAGACAUCAAGGACGCAGCAGAAAUCCAAUUUCCUGAGCAUCGCCAGACUCCACCUGUGGUCUACACCCGUGAUUUCGAUCGAGAUGAUCGAGGUGACCGACCAGCUGGAGCCAAAGACAGCAAUGGGAAAGGCAAUGCCACGAACCGUAGCAACACCUCCGCCAAGGGCAACCAGAAAGGCAAACCCAAUCAUGCUUCUGCCUUUGUGAAAAAGACCUACGUGACAGAAGAUGGCAAUGCCCCGGAGGAUGAGAAGGAAGAGAUCACUGCGGAGAACGAGGUAGACGAAUCACAUGAGCCCAAUGCAGAAUAUGAUGAAGAGAAUGGAGAACAGCCUGUUCCAAAUGAGGCAGAAGAUGAAGAUGGCGAAUGCGAUGAUGUUUGGGGAGAAUUGCAAGAAGCUGCCAGAUGUUUGACUGUCACUGCAAGACGCCUCCAAGGCAUCACCUUGGCUCGCAAGUUCUCUGGCGGAAAGACGAUUGCCCAGAGAAAAGCCGAGUCACACUGUGCAGUUUGUGGUCAGAAAGGCCAUUGGCAGGGCGACGCAGCAUGCAGCGCCACGCCUAGCAAAGGCAGCAACCCAAAGGGAGAUGGCAAAUCUUCCAAGCAAUCAGCAUCACCUGCCGCCACCACCUACAAGCCUGCUGGGAAAAAGGUUAUGCAAGUGCGCCAUCCUGAUGGAAGCCGGCGUUCAGUUUCUUUUGAUGAUGAUGUUCAGAAGGAAUCCUUCGGCACCUAUUUCACUUACAUGGUGAAUCAACCAGUUGCCGACAUCCAUCAAGUUUUUGGUGCCAGCGCUCAGCAGUUUAGUGAAGUCUUGGUUUUAGACACGGCAUGUCAGAAGUCAUGUUGCAGUUCUAUGUGGUUGGACGAGAAAAAGAGUAUCCUCAACAUGUAUGGUCUUCGUAUUCGCACUACACCAAAUCGAGAACCUUUUGAGUUUGGUCAUGGACCCCCACAAUUUAGCCACGAGCAUGCCUUGAUUCCAACUUGUUUUGACUUCAAGGAAAACCACAUGAUGCUUUUGGGUGCCAGCGUGAUUUCCACCACCAACAACAUCCCCUUCCUGGCAAGCAGUACCCUCAUGAGCAACAAGUUGAAGAUGGUUUUGAAUCUGCCUGACCAGGAGGCCUACAUUGGGCUGCUGGACAUCACCGUCCCCAUUUGCAAAGUGGCAGGACACUUAGCGCUGUACAUCAACCAGUUUCCUGAGUGUGCUGCAAAGUCAAACAUUUGGGGUGUCUAUCACAAGAUGUGUCAUGAUCCUGAUCUUGAUUCGGACCUGCUGUUUGUCAACGCAGACGGAUCAAGCAAACCCAAAUUCGUUGACCACGACCAUUGUGCCGAUGAACAAGGGCCUUCCUCCACGAUGGCUGUUCAAUUGGAGGAAGAUGGUCGAAACUCUGAGACAUGCAGAGAUGCUACUAGCAAGAGUCAUGGUGCAAGCAGUGAGAUUUCGGAUCCGUCCGAAAAAGUGGCUGACGUACCAGGACCCAAUGGACAUGGAGGCAACAGAAGCCAUCGUGCAAAAGGCCAAGGAACCAUGCAAACACGAGACGAUGCAGCGCUACGGCAACAAGCACGGCAGUUUCGCCAAGUGCCACCUCUGCGGGAAGAAGUGGGUGUGGUCCCCAGAGGAAGAAAAGUGGAACGAUCCACUUAUGCCAAAGCAGCGCUCGCUGCCAUUGCCAUCGUCCUCAACGGCAUCUACGUUCCUGGAGAAGGGUCGUCGUCCAACCUGGGCACUGACCGCUAUGCCUUUGACUCCAACGGCCCGAGCCUCCAUUCCCACAUCGAAGAGCUAUGCGAGUUCUCCAAGUCCUUCUCCUCUUCCUCUGCAGGACCAGGCCACCGACAAGAGGGCAAGCAAGAAGGGAGCCAGACCGAAGGCUUCAACCAAGAGACCCUCGGCAACGCGGGACGGGGAGGUGGAGGAACUCUCGGACGAAAGCUCGGAGUACGAUUGGGAACUCCUCAACAAGUGAAUAUGAAGAAGGGCACACAAGCUUGGCUGACCGGUCACCUUCGCAAUGUGAGCAAGAUAUACAACAACGAGACGAAGGUCUAUGAUUCCUUGAUGAACCAUGCCAAAAGGGAGACCAAGGGAUCGAAGGUUGAUCUAUUGGAAGUUUUUGCAGGUUCAGCCAACGUGACCAUUCGAGCGUGGAAGCACGGCUUGAGUGCGCUGGAGCCAAUUGACCAACAGUACAACCUGGACUUGAACAAUGCGGCAGAUCAGGAGACACUCUGGCAAGUCGUCCACAAGUUCAGACCCCUGUUGAUACUGGUUGCAUGGCCGUGCACACGUUGGUCACAGUUCAACGAGAACUUGAACUAUGCCGACCGACUCGAAGAACUUGAGCAACUUCGAGAUGAGAUCGACAGACCUCUGGUGAAGCUUGGCACAGCCCUCAUGCGCCACCAGCACCAAUCCGGAAGAUUCUUUUUGGGAGAAAACCCUCUCAGAUCACGCAUCUGGAAGGAGCCGGACGUCGAUGAGGUUUCCAACUUGCCUGGAGUCCUCACGGUUCAGUGCGACGCUGGAGCCUAUGGUGCUGAAACCCACGACGGAUUCCCAGUGAUAAAAGCACAUCGCUGGAUCACCAACUCCGAGGAGAUUGCCGAGGAGCUCCAACGCAAGUUGACGCCCGAGCAGAAGCAGUUCACCAAAGCCAUUGAAGGCGUAGACACAGCGCAAAGUGGAUGCUACUGCGACGGCCUCGCAGAUGCCAUCUUGCGUGGUCUUGCUCGAGAGGCCAAGCUCCUCGACCCGCUCAAGUUCGCCAAACCUCACAAGAUCUACUACAUGCAUCCAUCGACCGACGAACAACGAUGGAAGCAGAUCCUCAAUGAGAUCGAGAAGAGAUUUGCCAACACCUACAAGAAGCCGUUCAUUCUUGGAGUGGCUGAUCCUCUUCACAAAGAGGUGGAACAGCUCGUUCCAUGGCAACUUGAACGAGUGCAAGCCUCCUGGACCCCAAUUUCCAGGCGGUUUCCCACAGACCUUGCAUACACACAUCGUGGUGCAGUGCUUCUCCUCAACAACGACAAGAUCAUGAUCGAACACGAAGACUUGUCAGAGGUCACGUACCCCAAGCAGCGUUAUGUUGAGCCAGUCCGAAUUGGCCUGCAUUUCUAUGGGUACGCACCAGGUGAUGAGCUUCAAGACCGACAGCAACUUGAAGCCAAAGAAGAUGAUGACACACCACAGAAGGUUCCAGGAAUUGCCACUGAGAUAUGGUUCGAAGGAGCUGGCAAUGCCCUGAAGCCCGAACUCAAGCGAUCCCUCGCCAGACUGCAUGCCAACAUGGGCCAUCCACCAAAGGAAGAGCUGAUCCGUAUGCUUGCAGCAUCCAACUCUUUGUCUUCAAGCGUGCUGACCGGCAUCGAGACCUUGAGAUGCGGAAGUUGCCUCCGGAUGAGCCUGCCUAAGAAACCACCAAUUUCUUCCACCAAUGCUAUUGCCGCCAGUCAGUUUGGCGACCGCCUGCAGUCGGACGUGGUCUACAUCAGAACCCUGACGCAGAAUGUGCCAGUGCUCGGCAUCUUGGAUGAGUUCACCAACUACCUGGUGGCACAUACCUUGGAUGAUCGUCAACCCUCCACAACUUUGAAGAUGCUGAAGCAACUAUGGUACCAUCCUCUUGGACUUCCUCACCACAUCACUGUGGACCCUGAUACGACUUUUCUCGGCGAGAACGAGGAUUGGCACCACCGCUACGGCAUUGAAUAUGACAUCAUCCCGGCCGAGGAGCACUGGCGCAUCGCCAAGAUCGAGAGGAGAAACGCAUUGAUGCGCACUUUGGUGGAACGUCUGGUUGAUCACCAUGGCAUCACCUCCAAAGAAGCCUUGGAUGAAGCAAUCGCUGCAGCAACUUUCUCCUUGAACAGCAGCACCUACACCCACGGGCGAUCACCCUUUCAAGCAGUUUUUGGACGAAUUCCAAGACCAUUGGGUGAUUUGGUGUCUGAUGAGAAGGUGCUGAUUACUUCACCCAACAAAGACGAGUACCAGCUGCGGCCUGAGCUGCUUCGGGCAGAAGCCAUCACCACGCUGAUGCAAGUCAGCGCAUCCCAGGCAGUUCGCCGGGGCUUGUUGCGUAAAACCAGACCGCAACAGGAACUUCAUCAACUACAACCAGGUCAAACCGUGGCCUAUUGGAGAUGGCAAGGACGAGCUCGACAGCACAAGCGCGGAAGUUGGUCACUCGGCAGGUUUCUGGCCUAUGACCCAGAUCGCAAAUCCUGCUGGAUUCAGGUGGGACGCACAUCAACCAAGGUUGGCAUUGGGCAGCUCCGACUUGGAACUGGAUGGGAAACAUGGACUCCAUCACAAGAGGACAUCAAGCUGCUGAAAGAUGCAGAGGCUAACAUCAGCAAAGGCUUAUUGGAAGACCAACAAGGUGAUCCUGCCGGAGAAGAAGAAGCAACCUUGCUUGACGAGGAAAUCUUCAAUUUCCGACCCAUCCAGGAGAGAGCCAACACUAUGUCGAGGACGCCAAGCAGAGCUCCAGCAGAUGAAGCAAAGCCAAAACAAAGACCAGCAAUCGACAACACAACGGAACAACCUAACCUACCACUACAGCUUGAUCAAACUACAAACCAAGAACAAGCACAACUGGAGCCACUACCACAAGCAGCUUCCGAACCAUUACCACAACUUCCAAUGAAGCGAGCAGCAAGCACACCUGCAGAAGCGCUGAUCACGAAAUUCCAGCACUUCGAUGACGGCAGCAUGGCACCAACACCAUUGACAUGGGAUGGCAGCCCUGAAGCGUGCUACCCAGCCAGUAAGAAGCAGGUUUUCUAUCAAGCCUACCUCAACAGCAAACAACGCCGAUUGGAGAUGCCCAACAUUCCUGAACCAUCACGACCAGACCUUGAUUCCCCUUCCGACGAAGAACUCACAGUCUCUAACGACCGUGGAAUGUCAAGGCAGGAGAUGAAGCAGAUGGAUAGAGAAAUCCCAUGGCGGCAGAUCCUCCAACAAGGCGAUGACACUUUUUGGAAGUAUGUGGACGCGGCCGUUGAUGAGUACAAUGGUUGGCUUGAAUGGAACGGCAUCAAACCAGUGAGCCCUGAAGAUGCCGCCAAAAUUCGAGCAGAUCCAAAACAACGACACCGAAUCAUGAAGGCUCGUGCAGCCUACCGCGACAAGAACCGCGGAGUGCCACCACUGCGACCAAAAUGCAGAGUAGUCAUCAUUGGCUGCGGAGAUCCAGAUCUGAAACAGCUCUCUCGAGAUAGUCCUACUCCUUCGAGAAUCAGUGAGCUGCUGAUCGUGUGCAUAGCAUCAGCUGGAGCAAAUCGCUCGUUCAACAACGAUGGCUGCCUUUGGAAGAUGGUUCUCCUUGAUGCUCAGAAAGCUUUUCUACAAGGAGAACAAGAUGCAAGCGAGCGCAGCGGACCAAUUUAUAUGGAAAGUCCCAGAGAUGCCAUUUUGACCGCUGCAAAUGCAUACCCAUCACCGCUGUACCAAAUCACUGGAAACUGUUAUGGAUUGUCCAACGCACCCAGGACUUGGUACAAAAAGGUAGACAAAGAUUUGCUCAACUACAGGUUCAAGCGCCACAGCCUUGACCGAUGCUGCUACUAUUUCGUGAACGAUGAUGGAAUGCUGACCUGCGUUCUGAUAGUUCACGUCGACGACUUCAUGCUAGUGUACAACACUGAGAAGUUCAACAUCGACGACUUGCUCAAGUUGUUUCGCUGGGGAUCAAUCGUGUAUGUUUCCCUGGAACAGCCUGGAGAAUAUCGUGGCAAAGAAAUCACCAUGCAGAAAGACGCCAAUGGCAAGAUCUCCUACAAGAUCAGCCAGCAGAAGUUCAUCGAAGCUAUGGAUGGUGGACAAGUUGGCAAAGACCGCCUGAAAGGCGAUCCUCAACUUUCUCCGGAAGAACUUGGAGAACUACGUUCAGUAAUUGGCAGUCUGCAAUGGUUGAGCGGCCAGACAAGACCAGAUUUGGCUGCCGUGGCAUCCUUGUGCCACCACGGUGCAAAAUCGCAGAUACAAGACCUUCAAAAGGCCUACGAAGCUAUCACCUAUGCGAAGAGCACCAAAGAGCUCGGCAUCGUUUUUCCAGCCGUCCCAUUGAACAAAGGGACGACCAUUUUGGCUUAUGGAGAUGCAAGCUGGUGCAACGCUGCAAACUACACAUCGAAGUUUGGCGUGAUCAUAGUCUUGUGCCCUCCGCAAGUCUCCGAACAGACUUGUCAAGCCCUGGUCAUCGACUGGAAGAGUGGCAGAAUGCAGAGAGUGGCAAGGAGCACACUAGCUGCAGAGGCCCAUGCAGCAGACGAAGCUGCAGACCGUGCCUGCUACGCCAAUUACCACAUUUCGGAGUUGCUCCACAACCAGCCCAGCUUCAAAUGUGGAAUGAAGAUGCCAAUGAAGCAGGCGACAGACGCAAAAAGUUUGUAUGACUGCCUCACUUCAGAGAACCCAUCAACUCUGGAGAAGCGCUCCAUGGUUUCCAUUAGGUCAGUGCAGCAGGCCAUGUCACCGAAAGAAGUGCAUUGGAUUCCAACCACCCUAAUGCACUGCGACGGCCUCACCAAAAUAGACCAGAAGCUUCAACAAACCCUGACGAAAUGGUGUCAAAGACCAUGGUGCCAGAUACGUGAAGAACUAAGCGAAAGACGGCUUUUUGAUGGACAACAAAGACCAGUGUAA